AUUAAAAAUAUUUUCUUUAAAUUAAUUUUAUCUUUAAUUUUUAAAAAGUAAUUUUUAUUUUAAUUCCUAAGAUAACAAUGGCAAUGGUUCUUCCUAUAUCAAUACCUAAUAGAAAAAUUGCUCUAAAUAUGGGAGUUCAAGUGAACUACAAUGCACCCUAUACUCCAGCUGAAUUUUACAAUCCACCCUAUUGGCAGUCAAAAUCCCUCCAUGGCGAGGAAAAAAUUAAUCCACCUAAAUCUCACGUAAAGAGGGAUUUAACUGCUGGAGAAUUCUACAGGAUACUUGGAGAAGUACUGAAAGUCCAAGGGAUGGAAAAUGAAGAAGAGUGUCUUCUGAAGGCUGUUUGCCAGAUGGCUGAAUACCCCAUUACUUACGGGCAUGAUGACCUCAUUGAAGAAACUUUGCAUUUUAUUUUCACACCUUCAAUUCACAAAUCUUUCGCCAAAGAAGAGGAAUCAAUGAGGAUUGCCUAUGAGGAAGCAGAAGCCAUUGGACGGCAUCAUGGUGAUUGCGAUAAACAUUAUGUAAAAUGCCAUCAUCACACGCCAGUUGAAAAAUUAACACGACUUGAGGAGAUUUGAGAGAGAACAUUGAAUGAAUUUUAAUUUUUGCAUAAUCCUAAAACAUUGUACAGAAAUAUUUUUUUAACCACACUCGCAGUUCUGA